AUGAAUCCCUUCGAUCAAGACGAUUUAUUCUCAGUGUUCGGAGUUAGUAACAACAACAACAAUCCGAAAAAGAGAACCCUUGAAGAAUCAAUACAACUUGCUGAACAACAAAUUCAACAACGAGAGUUGAAGAAAAUCAAACAACCUUCUGGGCAUGAGGAUAUUGAAUCGGAGGAUGGUUCUUCAAAUACACCAAAAUUAUCUAGGGCUUCAUCAUCAAAAUCCAUCACGGUUGAUGAUAUUCCGACACCAACAGUCAUACCGAACAUGGAUAGCAGCAAUGACUCUACGAAUGACCAAACACCCACCACAGCCGAUGGUAAUAUAAAUAACAAUGACAACAACCAAACAACAACAACUAAUACAUCAACCACCACGACUCAUAAAGCCAUCGGAAAGUUAGGAGAAAAGAAUGAUUGUUUGCAUGAAAUUGCACUCCCACCCGAUUAUGUUAUUUCUUUAGAUGUUGACGGAAAGAUGAUUCCUCCUCCAGCCUCCAAUGAAGAUGUUUCAUCCAUACAAGCACACACCAAAAUAAGUGAACCCCAAGAAAUUAUUCAUUAUUUACUGGAACAACAAACUCAAGUAGAGCUGGGUCUUAAGCCACCAGCAAAAACAUAUCCAUUCACAUUGGAUGCUUUUCAACGUCAAGCAGUUCGUGCCAUUGAAUUAAGUCAAAGUGUACUCGUUUCAGCUCACACAUCAGCGGGUAAAACUGCGGUUGCUGAGUAUGCUAUUGCAAAAUCUCUAAAAGAUGGAAGUAGAGUCAUUUAUACAUCUCCAAUUAAGGCAUUGUCGAACCAAAAAUUCAGAGAGCUGCAAGAAGAAUUUACAGAUGUAGGAUUAAUGACUGGUGAUGUUACUAUUAAUCCAAAUUCAAGUUGCAUUGUCAUGACUACAGAAAUUUUAAGAAGUAUGCUUUAUAGAGGAUCGGAAAUUCUGAAUGAAGUGCAAUGGGUUAUUUUUGACGAAGUACACUAUAUGCGUGACAAGGAGAGAGGAGUAGUGUGGGAAGAGACAUUAAUUUUAUUACCAAAUUCAGUGAAAUAUGUAUUCUUGAGUGCCACUAUUCCAAACGCAACAGAAUUUGCUGGAUGGAUUGCAAAGCUAAAAGGUCAACCCGUUCACGUGGUGUACACGGACUAUCGUCCCACACCAUUGCAACACUACAUUUAUCCUGUCGGUGGAGAAGGAAUUCACUUGGUGGUAGAAAAGCACUCAUUCAAAGAAGAAAAUUGGAAGAAAGCAAUUGAAGAUUUGACCAACGCAUCGUCACAACUCAAUAAUAGUAGUGGCAGUUCAAAGAGAGGAGGCAGCAGUAAUGGAGCUUCAGGUACAGAGCGUAAAAAGAGAGUUGACACCUCUCUCGUCAAGUUAGUGAACAUGAUCAUGAAGAGAAAUUUUCAACCUGUGAUUGUGUUCAGUUUCAGUAGAAAGGAAUGUGAAUCACGCGCUGUCUCACUUUCAAAAUCCAACUUUAACGAUGAAGAAGAGAUGAGUCUCGUUGCUGAAGUUUUCAAUAAUGCCAUCGAUUCACUGAAUGACGAAGAUAAAAAGUUACCCCAAGUAGAAAGCAUGUUGCCACUCUUACAAAAAGGAAUUGGAGUUCACCACUCUGGUCUUCUCCCAAUCAUGAAAGAGGUCAUUGAAAUUCUCUUCCAAGAAGGUCUCAUUAAGGUUCUUUUUGCUACAGAAACCUUUGCGAUGGGUUUGAACAUGCCUGCCAAAACAGUCCUCUUCACAGGUAUUGAAAAAUUCGAUGGACAAAUCACUCGAAGAUUAACCUCUGGUGAAUACAUUCAAAUGAGUGGUCGUGCUGGUCGUCGUGGUCUUGACGAUAAGGGUAUUGUCAUUCUCAUUUUGGAUGAUCCUGAAAUGAGAGAAGAAGAUGCUCGACAAUUAAUGAACGGAAUUGCAGAUUGUCUGAAUAGUUCAUUCCACUUGAGUUAUUAUAUGGUUUUGAAUUUAUUGAGGGUUGAAGAGAUUUCACCCGAGUACAUUAUGGAACGAUCCUUUUAUCAAUAUCAAUCCGAAAAGAAGAGAGCUUCUUAUGAACAAAAAUUGAAAGAAUUGGAACAACAGAGAAAUGAAUUGGCCAUUGAGAAUGAAGCUCAAAUUUCUUCAUAUUAUUCAUUGAAGAACGAUUUACAAACUUACUACGAGUCAUUGAGACAAUUAAUUACCACUCCAUCCUAUUCCAUUUCAGUUUUAUCUGCUGGUCGACUGCUCCGUAUCAAUGGAUGGGGUUGGGGAAUUUUAUUGAAAUUCACAAAGAAGAAGCAUGCAGAGAGAUUACAAGUGGCUCAAACCAAGGCCUCUGAUUACAAUAUUGAAGUGUUAAUUCCAGCGCAUCCACAAAGUGAUCAAUUGCCAUAUCCAAUUCAAGAAUAUCAAACCAAUGCUUCUGGUUUGGAACCAAAGCCGGUCAUUAAGACCUUUUCACUUGCCUCUGUGGAAGUUUUCAGCUCAGUCAAAGUUUAUUUAUCAAAGGAGUUGAAAACGAGACAAACCGAUGCCACCUCUUCAGAAUGUAAAUCCUCUAUUUUGAAAUUAUUGGAAACUAUUAAGAGAUUUAAGGCACAGACUGUUGUGGAAACCUCUGAUGGAACCAUGCAAAUUGACAAACUGUCUACCAUCAAGUAUGGAGAUCUUCCAAGAUUAGACCUCAUUGAGGAAAUGGGUAUUCCAAAGAAUAAGGUGAAAGAAAUUGUCGACGCUAUUCAACAAAUCGAAAGUCGAUUAUCCUACAGUCCAUUCUAUCAAGAGGAAUUAUCAAAUUAUAAGAACAGUGGAUCAUCUUCACAGCAGUCAAAAACAGUGUCACCUCUAUUUGCUCAAGUCAAACUCUAUGAACAAAAGCUCGAGUUGGAUGCUCAAAUAGACGAAAUGAAGAAACUCAUCAAAACUACUGCACAAGUGGUAAUGAAAGAAGAAUUGAAAAAGAUGAUGAGAGUAUUGAGAAGAUUGGGAUUUGCAACUGAAGACAAUGUAAUUACAGCAAAGGGUAGAGUUGCAUGUGAAUUGAGCAGUGCAGACAGUUUAGUCAUUACAGAAAUGGUGUACAAUGGUGCCUUCUCAGAUCUUACACCUGAACAAUCCAUUGCUGUACUUUCAUGUUUUGCAUCAGAAGUCUCUGGAGGUCAAUCGAGAGAAGAUGACAAGGCAACACUCGCUGAAGAUCUUCGGAAACCUUAUGAAGAUUUAGAAAAAGCAGCUCGAAGAGUGGCUGAAGUUUCUGUUGAAUCAAAACUUGAUUUAGAUGUUGAAAAGUAUUUGCAAUCAUUCCCAUGCAAUAUGAUGAAUUUAACGUAUGCUUGGUGUAAUGGAGCUCAAUUUGUUGAGAUUUGUAAAAUGACAGAAAUGUUUGAGGGGUCGAUUGUGAGGUCCAUGAGACGUUGUGAAGAAAUUGUGAGACAAAUGUGUGCUGCUGCUAAAGCGAUUGGUGAAGAAUCUUUGGAAAAGAAAUUAUUACUAGGACUUGAAAAGAUGAGAAGAGACAUUGUGUUUAGCAGUUCGCUCUAUUUGUAA